CCAACCCCAUUGUCAAAGAAGGCCCCUGCCUCCUGGCCCCAAAGGCGCCGUUGACAUGAAGCUUUGACUACUGUGAUAUUCAACUCAUUCUCCCCCUAUCAGCAAAGAUCCGCAGAUCAUCCGCAUAGUCGCCAAAAAAAGAAGGGAGAGUGUCGGUGGAGCAGCCGGGGAGGAAAUGGCGGUGGUUGCGGGCGUCACCGGGAGCUCCAGAUCCGCGGCCUGCUGCGCCGUGCUGCUCGCGGCCGUGCUGUUCCUCUCCGCACCGGCCACCACAGAGGCUUAUGAUUCGCUGGAUCCAUAUGGCAACAUCACGAUAAAAUGGGACAUCAUUUCGUGGACUCCGGAUGGUUAUGUGGCAACAGUCACAAUUACCAACUACCAGCAGUUCCGAACCAUAUCUGCACCCGGGUGGCGGCUGGGGUGGUCGUGGCGAAAGAAAGAGGUCAUCUGGGCGAUGGUGGGGGCUCGGGCAAUUAAGCGGGGCGAUUGCUCAAAAUUCAAGCGCAGCCGUCCCCAUUGCUGCAAGAGAGAUCCGACGAUUGUCGAUCUUCCUUCAGGCACCCCAUUCAACCAGCAAGUUGCCAAUUGUUGCAAGGCAGGAGUUCUAAAGACAUUUAACCAGGACCCAGGAAAUGCUGCUUCCUCCUUUCAGAUUGCUGUAGGUCUUGCUGGGACUACCAAUAGGACGGUUAUUUUGCCCAAAAAAAUCACUCUCAAGGCUCCAGGUCAGGGGUACACUUGUGGGCGUGCUCUUGUUGUCGUGCCUACCAAGUAUUCUUCCUCGGGCGGGCGCAGGGUAACCCAAGCUUUCAUGUCAUGGAAUGUAACCUGCACGUAAUCCCAACUUCUUGCUCGGAAGACUCCGACAAAAGGUUUAUCAAUCCGCAGAGAUUAUAGGACGAUAGCAAUUUCCGUCAAGUGGAUGACUUAAGAUUUAUCAAUUCGAGGGAGGCGUAGGUUGAAAGUGUUCUCUCUCAAACAACCCUACAAUCAAAUACAAGGAGUUUAUUAUGUCCCUAACACACCUAAUACAGUUGUUGAUUGUAUAAGUGUAAUAGUUCAGCAAAGAGAUCGAUAAUUUGCGUUAUAGAUCGAUA